AUGCGAUCUCUUGAUCUCACUUGCACAAAAGACAGCAAUGAAAAGGUUUUCAAUUCUGGAAGAGUGACAACCCCGAAUCCACAUGAGCUCUCGUUGAAUGGAAAUCAAUGGAAAUGGGCUGAUGGAAUGGAUUAUAAUGGUCUCAUUACACCGGGGAAUGGCUCUUGUGCUUUUUUGAGAAGAGUCACCGGUUUCAACAGGGGAAUUCGUGCAAUCCGAUUGUUAAUUGUUGAACAA